AUUACAACUGAUGGAAAACCCAAGAUAAUUGAUAUAAUUGAUACAACAGGCAGUGGUGAUGUAACUACGUGUACCGUUGUAGAACCUAAAGAUGGGGAAAUUAUUGGUCUUUCUGGAAGAACUUUAAAGAUUCCAGCGAACUGGGUAAAUCCUUCAGGCAGAUACCACAUUGGCAUAAAAAAUGGCUAUGAUAUCUAUCCUAAGGCUCUUAAGGAGAGGAUUCAGAAAGAACGCAAGGAAAAGCUCUGGGAUCCUGUUCACAGACUGGCUCUAGCAGAAGCCUGUAGGAAACAAGAAGAGUUUGAUGCUGCUCAUAGUUCUCCCUCCCAGGUAAAUAAGCUGAUAAAGGAAGAACUUCAAAAUCAAGUGGAACUGUUGAAUUCUUUUGAGAAAAAAUAUACUGAUCCUGGCCCGGUAUAUGAUUGUCUAGUGUGGAAUGAUGGUGAGACCUGGAGAGCCUGCAUAGAUACCAGUGAAAGUGGUGACUUAACUAGCUGUACAGUGCUGAGAACCUACAAAGAGGCUCAAGAAUAUGGAUCUUUUGGAACAUCUGAGAUGUUGAAUUAUUCUGUGAAUAUAUAUGAUGAUGGAAACCUUCUUUCCAUUGUGACAAGUGGAGGAGCACAUGGAACACAUGUGGCCAGUAUUGCAGCUGGAUACUUUCCAGAAGAACCAGAACGAAAUGGUGUGGCUCCUGGAGCUCAGAUUCUUGCAAUCAAGAUUGGCGAUACGAGACUAAGUACAAUGGAAACUGGCACUGGUCUAAUAAGAGCUAUGAUAGAAGCAAUAAAAUACAAAUGUGAUCUUGUCAACUAUAGCUAUGGAGAGGCAACACAUUGGCCAAAUUCUGGGAGAAUUUGUGAAGUAAUUAAUGAAGCAGUGUGGAAACACAAUGUAAUCUAUGUUUCGAGUGCAGGAAAUAAUGGUCCUUGCCUUUCUACAGUAGGAUGUCCUGGUGGAACUACAUCUAGUGUAAUAGGUGUUGGUGCCUAUGUAUCGCCUGACAUGAUGGUUGCUGAAUACUCUUUAAGAGAAAAGCUGCCAGCAAAUCAAUACACUUGGUCAUCCAGAGGACCUAG